AUGCUGGCCAGCCUCAGCCAGCUCGACCAGAUAUGGCGCCUCGCCCAGGCGGUCACUCCUGUAAACUACCUCCCUUUCAUCUUCCGCCUGAUCGCAUUCCUAAUUGCAUUUCCCUUUGCACUGUUCAUCGCGCUAGAUGCCAUUGCCUAUGGGAUCGCUCGAACACUCCACCUAUCCACAUCCCAGCGCCGCGUACCUCGGUCACCCCUCUCCAUCAACUCCCUCCCCUUGAAUCCAGACAGUCACGUUGACUACUCUGGCGGAGUCACGCCCGCAGACAGCGAGGACGACCAGGAGCCCACAUAUCUCGACGGCGUAUCCGCUCGUCUCCUCGAGCUACCGCACCUGUCCGACUCAACGCAAGGCCCCAUACUGCUCGAGCCCCCAAUCCAAACCGUUGGACGAUAG